AUGACUUUAGUUCUCGAUAAUGGUGCCUACACAAUAAAAUUAGGACUCGCAGAGAGUGAGCCGCAGGUGUAUUAUAACUGUAUAGGGAGGAUUAAGAAGGAAGUCAUUGUAGCACCAAGAUCAAUAAACGGGGUUAAUGAAGUCAUGAGGCCUCAUGAAAGAGGAGUGUUGGUGGACCCUGGUUUACAGUCAAAAAUAUUUAAGAAAGUACUCAAAGGAUAUGUGUGUUCUGAUCUGGAUUUGGUGAUUUCUUGCCCUGUUUAUACCCCAUUUACAUGUAGAAAGCAACUGGAUGAAAUCGUCUUUGAAGAAUAUGAGUUUAAAAGUGAAAUCAGGGUGCCAUCUGGCUACCAAAGCACUGGAAUUAUUGUAGAUUUAGGUUUCUCUGCAUCCACUGUCAUGCCAUACUUAGACGGAUUUCCUAUCAAUUCUGCGAUCACACGAGUAAAUGUAGGAGGAAAGCUUCUCACGAAUUAUCUAAAAGAACAAAUUUCUUUUAGACAAUACGAUAUGAGGGAUGAAACUUGGCUUGUGAACUUAGUCAAAGAAAAAUUAUGCUCUGUCUCCUCAAAUUUCAUGAAUGAAUUGAAAAUGCUUCAGUAAGUUCUAAGAUUAGAAAAAAUAAAUCACUAGAAAGGCACUAUGUCUUGCCUGAAUUUGGAGAUGAUGGCCACGAACUUCAGCCUGAAGAAUCAAAAGAAGGAAAACAAGUACUUACAAUGGGAAAUUUGAGCAUUGCUGUUCCAGAAGUAUUGUUUAGGCCUUCAGAUAUUGGACUGACUGAUGCAGGGAUAGGAGAAGCUAUUUGGAUGGCGAUGCAAGCUGUGCCGAGUGUUUAUUGGGAAGAUCUUACAAAUAUUUUACUUGUUGGGGGAUCAGCGAAUUUUCCAAAUAUUGAAAACAGAUUUAAGGAUGAGCUGCGGGCUAUUUCUAAUGAUGGAUUGACUUUUAAUUUUAUAAAGCCUGAAAAGUAAGCUCUAAUUAGUCCUUCUUUUUGGAACUGAAAAAGCCUUUCAAAAGUGUCAGAGGUGAGGAAAGGCGUAACGAAGGAAGAAUAUUUUGAGAUGGGCUCAGAAUAUAUUGAUUGGAAAUUCCAGUAUAGUUAA